AUGGACAUCAACCUGGUCUGGGACCCGGCACGCGGCGUCAACUUCCAAGAGUAUGAGGGCGACAAAGCUACGGCCACAAAUGCCGCCAAAGCUGCCAAAGCUACAGGCGCCAAUGCUGCGGCCGACAAGGAUGCAAGCGAAAAGGCCACUGCAAGACAUGUGUCGGACGCCGGCUUUCUUUCCUAUCCCGAUGAGGGUCUGAGCGAAGCGGAGCGGGCCGCGCUAUGUAUUCUCUACCUCCUUGCUUUUCUCGACCGCACAAACAUCGGAAACGCAAAGAUCGCGGGGAUGAACAAAGACCUGGAGCUCAGUGACGGACAAUACAAUGCCGCUCUAGCCAUCUUCUUUGUCUCUUACUCAAUAUUUGAGCCGUUGACGAAUAUCUUACUCAAGAAGCACAGGCCAUCUGUUUUCAUUCCGGUUACGAUGAUGUUUUGGGGAACCUGCAUGACCCUCAUGGGAUUUGUGUACAAUUGGAGUGGACUAAUGGCGGGACGGUGGUUUCUAGGACUCACUGAGGCCGGGAUGUUCCCUGGGGUGAACUACUAUCUUUCGUGCUGGUAUCGUCGAGAUGAAUUCGGUCUCCGAGCUGCCAUUUUUUUCUCAGCAGCCGCGCUUUCCGGAUCGUUCGGUGGUGCGCUCGCGGCGGGAAUCCAACAUAUGGACGGAGUUGGCAACCUCCGCGGAUGGUCUUGGAUUUUCAUUAUCGAGGGCCUUCUGACCUUCGUCUUCGGAAUCGCAUCUUUCUGGAUGGUUCAUGACUUUCCGGAUGAGGCCGAGUUCUUAUCCGAUGAGGACAAACAGCGUCUCCUUGGCCGUUUGGAUAGAGACCAGCAAGCCUCCGCCCGUCGCGAAGUCUUCAAGACUUUGUACUUUUGGCAGGCCAUGCGCGAUUGGAAGACGUGGAUGUCGAUGGCGAUUUACAUGGGCUGCGACAUGCCUCUGUUCGCAGUCACCCUCUUUCUGCCGACGAUCAUCGACGACCUUGGCUUGAACACUAGCACGAUUCAAUCUCAACUCUGGACGGUGCCCCCAUACGCCGCCGCCGCGGUGUUUACGGUCUUCAUGGGGUGGCUAGCCGACAAGUUCAAGGUGCGUGGUAUCUGCAACGUCUGCGUGAGCAUGGUCGGUAUAGCCGGCUUUUCAAUGAUCCUUGCGGCGGAUAGCCCUAAGAUCAAGUACAUCGGCACUUGUCUGGGGGUGAUGGGUCUGUACCCGUGCGUCAGCAACACCAUUACCUGGAUCGCGAACAACACCCAGGGAGUGUACAAGCGUGGCGUGGUAUUGGGGUUUGUCAUUGGGUGGGGAAAUCUCAGCGGUGUCCUCAGCUCAUUCACUUACCGCAACCCCCCGUUGUUUAUUGAGGGUCAUGCCAUAGUCAUAGCGUUUAUGGCCCUCUGUCUUUGUGCGGGGAGUCUGACGAUGAUGGCACUACUCAGUAGAGAGAACCGGAAACGCGUGCAAGGCAAGAGAGACUGCUGGUUGGAUGGAAAAACGCCUGAGGAGAUCGCUGAACUGGGAGACAACAAGCCGUGUUUCCACUACACUGUUUGA